UCCCGGACAGCCGCAGGAGCGCGAGAGGCUCAGAGAGAGAGAGAGAGUGUGUGUGUUCGUGUUUGUAUGUGUGUGUGAGAGAGAGAACGAGUGUGUGUGUGUGUGUGUGAGCGGAGAAUAGCACACACAGUCGCACACACGCGCGCACACGCCGUGAUUCCGGUCCCUCACACAGUGAGUGUGAGGUGGCUGCUGCAUGAACUGACCUUUACACCAGGAGAACCGCAUCAGGAACCUGGAUGGACACAUCUUCUUAAUUCUUCACCAGACUACAAAGACAGAUAAAAUAUUUACUUGCAGAAGACUUUCCUCUAGAGGUCAAAGGUCAGAGAGUGAGAUCUAUUUAUCAUUGUGGUGGAAAGAGUCGGAUCACAGAUUACGUGCUGAGUGCAGAAGAUGUCGGCAGAAGAGCAGAGUCUGUCGGAGGUGGAGUUGAGUCCCGGGGUGUCGGACGAGGGUGGCUCCGUGUCUCCAGGGCGGGUGGGUCACCCAGGAGACUCUCAGCUAGUGUCUGGAGGUGGGGCAGAUGAGGAUGGAACAGGACUGUCCCAUGGAAGAGUCUCGGUCAAAUCAGACGACGAGGACGAGCGCUUCCCCAUAGGCAUCCGAGAGGCGGUCAGUCAGGUGCUGAACGGGUACGACUGGACGCUAGUGCCCAUGCCGGUGCGCGUCAACACUGGCAGCAAGAGCAAGCCGCAUGUCAAGAGGCCCAUGAACGCCUUCAUGGUGUGGGCUCAGGCCGCGCGCCGCAAACUCGCCGACCAGUACCCUCACCUACACAACGCUGAGCUCAGCAAGACACUCGGCAAACUCUGGAGGCUCCUGAAUGAAAAUGAUAAGCGACCAUUCAUCGAGGAGGCGGAGCGUCUGAGGAAGCAGCACAAGAAGGACUACCCAGAGUAUAAAUAUCAGCCCAGGAGACGGAAGAACGGGAAACCGGGGUCCAGCACAGACAGCGACGCCCACUCUGAAGGUGAUGUCACUCACAGCCAAUCACAUUACAAGAGCCUCCACCUGGAGGCGGGGCAUGGUGCUGGGGCGGGGUCUCCUCUCUCUGAUGGACACCACACACACCCUGCAGGUUCCACCCACAGCCCCCCGACUCCACCCACUACUCCCAAAACAGAGCUCCAGGGGGGUAAAUCAGGAGAGGGGAAGAGAGACGGUGGUGCCAGAGGGCUGGGAGUGGGGGCAGAUGGAAGCUCUGCUUCUUCAUCCUCUUCUUCUUCCUCCAAACCGCACCUGGAUUUCGUGAACGUGGACAUCGGAGAGAUCAGCCACGAGGUGAUGGCCAACAUGGAGCCAUUUGAUGUCAAUGAAUUUGACCAAUACCUGCCCCCUAACGGGCACCACCCAUCAGCCUCAGGCUCCGCCUCCUGUCCCGCCCCAUCUCCUUCUCCUUACUCCUACUGGCUGUCAAAACAGCAGCUCAGCUCGGAUGGGGGGAAACCGCAGAUCAAAAGCGAGACGCAUUUCUCUGGUAAUGCUGAUGCUUCGGUGGGCGGGGCUUCCACAUCAGGGGGUGGAGCAUCUGCUCAUGUCACAUACACACCUCUCAGCCUGCCGCAUUAUGGCUCUGCGUUCCCCUCCUUGGCCUCCAGGGCAGCGCCAUUCGCUGAAUACGGGGAUCACCAAGCAUCCGGAUCAUAUUACACACACUCGGGCCAGUCGGGCCUUUACUCCGCCUUCUCCUAUAUGAGCUCCGCCCAGAGGCCCAUUUACACUGCUAUCACUGACCCCGCCCCUGGGAAUAGCCCCACCCACUGGGAACAGCCUGUGUACACCACGCUGACCCGGCCGUAACACAAACACACACAAAGAAAUACAAGAAAACAAAAGACAUAAUGACGUCAAUGAUGAUGAUGAAAAUAAGAAGAAGGAUUUUUAUUGCCAACACACAUCACACCUUUAAUGGGGAAUGAGAUGUGACACUCCACUAACAACACACACACACACACACUCACACACACACACACACACACACACGGAGAGAGCAAAGAAUUAAACUGAUGAUGAUGAUAAUAAUGAGAAACGAGAGAACAAAUAGAACAUGUAGUGUACACACACACACACACACACACACACUCACACACACACUCACACACAAUUUGUUACAUUUUUCAUUGUUCAUUUUAAAUGGAUUUUAAGCGGAAGAACGUUUUUACCUGCACAUUUACAACAUCCAACUUUAUUAUUAUUAUUAUUAUUAAGAAUUAAUAAUUCUUUCCUAUUAACCAAAACAAGGCCAUUCUCUUAGUUGUUGUUGUUGUUGUUGUUAUAAUCCUUGACUGUUGAUGGUUUGCGUCAUCAUGACCGCCACUGAACUGCUGAUGAGCUGAAUGUGUGUGUGUGUGUGUGUGUGUGUAUUUUACUGUUAUUUUACUGUUAGCGUAACGGAUAACAACACUGUAAGAGUUUUUCCUCGUUGUUUUAUUGCGGAUGUGGAGCGCCAGGCCCGAGUCCUACAGCACACUGAAACUCAUUUAGAAGUUUCUGUGACUUUUUUUUAAGUGUGUAAAUGAAAAUUUCUUUCAUAAAUGAACAGAACUCAUAGUGGGUGGAGCUUGUAUACAAUGGGUGGGGCUUGUACACGGUGGGCGGAGCUCCCACCCACACACACGACGUGCCUUCCUCUACUCUGACUAUGAACAUUUAAAGACUCAGUCCAUGGACACACUCUUAACAUUUUCACUCUCCUUUUAUUUCUUUUCUAAUUUUAACUUUAAUGUUAAGUCGUCUAUAUUUAGUAGGGUUAUAUAUAAUAAUAAUAAAAAUAUACAAAAAUAUCCAGAGUGUUAGAGAAUCUACACCCAGUAGGUGGAGCUUGUUUUAUUUAUAUCUUUGUUUUUAUUUCCUUUUAAGUGACUUUUUGUGUUGUUUUGUGUACAAGUUUUUUGUUAAUGUGUUCCAGUAGAGACUAACGACACACGUACUAAAUAAAACUCAGU